UGUCUCUAGAUGCUGUCCACUGUAACCGUCCUUAUUAUCCAGAAAGAUCGAGAAACCCAGGGGGAGUGUUAGCCAACCCAGGAUAACCCAGGGUUAGUGUUGCCACCCAGGCUUAGUGUUGCCACCCAGGGUUACUGUUGCCACCCAAGACAGGAGUGGAUAAUGGCUCUCAGGAAUCCUGAAAUCAAGUAUACCAAGCUUUUCAUCAACAAUGAGUUUGUUGAUGCAGCAAGUGGCCGCACUUUUCCUGUAAUCAAUCCAAGUACAGAGGAAGUCAUCUGUGCUGUAGCCGAGGCUGGCGUGGAGGAUGUUGAUAAAGCAGUGUUGGCGGCCAGUAAUGCCUUCUCACCUACCUCACCGUGGCGCACCAUGGGUGCUUCAGAGAGGGCCCAGCUCAUGAAUAAGUUAUGUGAACUCAUGAGGAGGGACGAAUGCUACCUGGCAAGCCUGGAUACACUGGACAAUGGGAAACCAUAUACUGAGUCUCUGUGUGAUUUGGACUACAGUAUUAAGACUCUGCAAUAUUAUGCUGGCUGGUGUGACAAGAUCCAUGGCCACACUAUCCCUUGUGAUGGUGGCUACAUGUGCCUGACCCGGCGUGAAGCUGUAGGUGUAGUUGGACAGAUCAUUCCUUGGAAUUAUCCUGUUAUGAUGUUGGCCUGGAAGUGGGGACCUGCACUUGCUGUUGGCUGCACCAUUGUUCUCAAACCAGCAGAGCUCACUCCCAUCAGCUCUCUGUAUAUAGGUGCACUUGUUAAAGAGGCUGGCUUCCCUCCUGGUGUAAUCAACAUUGUUCCUGGCAUGGGAAAUGUUGCUGGCCAUGCUAUUGCUAAUCACCUAAAUAUUGACAAGGUAAGUUAUCUUCACAUACCUAGAAAAAUUGAGUAGACUUCACUGACACUUGGUAGCAUAAU